UAAAUUUCCAUCGAACAAAUCUGAAUCCAAUCGAAACUCUCAAACAAGCUGAGAAAUCAAUCUCCCAGUCCAACAGAAACCCCUCAAAUUCCAAUUCCCCAUUUCCAUGUUAAAGUGUGUCGAAGAUCCAUAACAAACCCUACUUCGUCGAUUUCCCCAAAUUGCUACUCACCAAUUUACUGUUAAAACACAGUGGAUUAACACUGUGAAGAGUGAUGAGGAAUGUAGAUCUGGAGAGGAGCACAUCGACGAAGAAUCGAAACCAAACGUUCAGACAAAAUUACUAUACUGCAGGAGGAGGAGGGGGAGUGGAUUACACAGAGAGCCAGUGGACCUCAUGGCUGGUGCCAAUGAUUGUUGCGGCCAAUGUCGCCAUGUUUAUGGCGAUUAUGUUCAUCAAUAAUUGUCCGAAGAAUCAUGAUGGACGUCGGGGCGAUUGUGUCGCCAGGUUUCUCGGGAGACUCUCGUUCCAGCCACUCAGAGAAAAUCCUUUGUUCGGGCCCUCAUCUUCCACGCUCGAAAAAUUGGGGGCACUUGACUGGAUCAAAAUGGUCCGCCACCACCAAGGGUGGAGGCUUGUUACUUGUAUCUGGCUGCACGCCGGCGUCAUUCAUUUACUUGCAAACAUGCUGAGUUUGGUGUUCAUCGGGGUUCGCCUUGAGCAGCAAUUUGGAUUUGCACGAGUUGGGGUUGUUUAUCUGUUGUCGGGAAUUGGUGGGAGCGUACUAUCUUCUUUAUUCAUUCAAACCAGUAUUUCUGUUGGAGCUUCCGGCGCCUUAUUUGGACUACUCGGAGCAAUGCUCUCCGAGUUACUCACAAAUUGGACAAUCUAUACAAACAAGGCUGCAGCUGUGUCUUCUCUACUUGUAAUAAUUGUAAUUAAUUUGGCUGUUGGGAUCCUUCCACACGUAGACAAUUUCGCACAUAUCGGCGGGUUCUUGAGUGGUUUCCUUCUUGGCUUCACAUUAUUGGUGCGACCACAGUUCCGUUGGUUAGAGGCGCGACAAUCUUCUCCCCUCAAGUCCAAGUAUGCGGCGUAUCAAUAUGUUCUCUUCAUCGUUGCUGCAUUUCUGCUAGUUGUUGGAUUCACAGUUGGAUUGGUGAUGUUGUUUAGAGGGGAAGACGGGAACGAUAAAUGUGGAUGGUGUCAUUAUAUUAGCUGUGUUCCCACGUCGAGAUGGAGCUGUAACCAUUGAUUCAGGUUUCCACAAUCUGUAAGAGAUUUUCUGUUCGGUGUUCAAAAUAUAAAACAAUAUGAGAUUCGUUAAUACAAACAAUUCUGUUGCAGCUACAUUUUUACUAGUUAGGGCUCUUGCUAUGCUUAAACAAGUCUAAAGGCUAAACUAGAAUUAGUGAAUAACUUAGUAGUAGAAAGUUCAAGCCAUUAGUGAUAGUUGUGCCAAUUUCCGGUGUUGAAUCCGUCGAGGUUACCUCGAAUAGGAAUUCCAUGUCUGUCUAAGAGGCCAGAUCCUGGAUAUAUUGUGUGAGUGUAGUUAGGCUGGAAGGAUGAACCUUUCUGCAUAGGCCUUGAAUCACCGUAUGUGUGGAUUGAAUAUCUCUUUGUAGAGCUUGAUCGAUCAUACUGUGGCCUUUGUUUAGGGGCACUCUGUGAACGUGCCUUAGCCUUUGAUGACUCGGUGUAGGACAUGUAGUUAGGGUGAUCAGAGUAACCACUUGUGCAGCUUCUUGAGCCGUCACUUUUAGCAGGAGUGAAUGCGGUUGGCUUAGUGGUGCCAGGCCUGGAUGAUGAUGAGUAGAAUGUCGGGCUGUUGUCUGCUGUGCAGAAUGCAGAUUCAUCGGCAUCUUGUGGGAACUUUAAAGAUUGAACUUCGGAUGGGCUGUGAACUGGUUGGCAGUGAGCUGUGGAGUCCUUUGAUGUUGAAAUGCUUUGACAAUUCUGGUCAGAACCGAGGCUAAGAUGAGAGGAGUAGAAGAGCAUUCUUCGAUUGGGAAUGGUCUGAGGUUUCCCAGUGUCGACUUCAAGAAUCUUGUCGCUUCUAUCGUCAUCUGUGGGAAGAGAUCUGUUAAAGCAUCCUUGUUCGGAUAAGCUUUCGCCGGAUCUGCUGCUAUCCAUCCAGGAAAAGUAACACUAGCAUGCAUCUUCUCCAUCCACAGUUUGGAUCAAGAAUGGUCCCCUCUCUGCUUUGCUAAUCUUUGACUAUUUCACUAUACAAAGUUCAAAUAAAUUGGAGGGAAACUAAAUGUUUGCUUACCUGGUGAUGGAAAUGGAGGGACUUCAGUGUCGAAUAUUGUGGAUCGGUAACAGGAACUCUCGCGGCCCGGGCUCGCACUUGUGCUCUUACAAGUGCUUGCAGCCGUUUAAGUGUAUGUGCAGUUUGUUUUCUCACAAGGUGGCCUUUAACAAGGGCUUGAAGCUUUACCAAUCCCUUCAGUGCCUUCAAGGCUCUCCUGGACUACAGUUUUUCAUUCAAGAAAACAGUAACAUUGAUGUCCAGAAAAGAUGUCAACAUAUAUAAAGGUAAACUUAUUCAUCAAACUAAGGUUUAAAAAAACUCUUAGAGCACAAAGGUUGGUUUUCACUUUCAGCUUUAAAGGUUUUCCUAAGGUAAAAAAGCUGACAAUGAUAGAAGAGAGGGACAUCUCGGCAAUUCUGUACCAAAAGGUGAAGAAAAAAGCGGCCCCAUAAGCUAUUAUAAUGUACAUAAAAAGCCAUUGAUGAGUAGGAAGCCCUAUUCAGCUGACAUUGCACCCAAAAGUGUAUAUUUAUAUCCUUGUACUUGCACCUAGGAGACUGUCCUUUCUUGCUUUUAGAUAGUUGUGUGAAACCAGCUCACUAAUCAUACUUAUCACUUUAAAAGCCUAGAAGCAGCUACACAUCUCAUUAAUCCCAUACUCCAUAUAGUUCAUACCUUCCAAAUUCUAAUCUACAACAAGAACAGGUAUGGAAUUUCAAUAAAUUAAAGGAAUUUAGGAAAAUAAAUAAAUAAUCGCAUUUCUCGAGGGAAGUUGGAGACUCAACAACCCAAUGCGUUGAGUGAGUCAAAUGUAAAGUAAAAAGAUAGUGUGGAAGUUUGACAUCACAAGUAGGCGUACUGGUUCACACUUGUCUGUGUUUUAUUUUCUUAUUUUUAAAUAUGAGAGAAGUUUCACCGACCAAGAACAAACCUAUCUACAAUGCAGACAAAACCCAUUAAUAGCUACAUUGUUUGAAUCAAUUCAAAAGUACAAUUUCAAAGAUUAUUCCAAAUCUUCCAGGGGCCAUCCUACUUUCUUCUUCCAGCUGAAUAGUUUUAGAAAAUGUAAUGGUUGAAAACACCACCGUUACCAAAACAACAUUUGAAUUGAAGAACUUAUUAGCCACUAAAUAGCAAUUGCUAUAAACAGACAUUUGCUCUUCACGCGGUUUCAGAUAUAGGUCUUUGAUCCUAUCCCCUAUUACAUAAAACUGCUGGCGAUGCAGAAAUACAGUGGACCACAGACAGUAGAGAUGAGUAUGCACACAGUGGGCGCAUCGCCAUUCUAGUUACUAUAUAUAUGUAUAUAUAUAUCAGAAUCACAAAACAGCAUUUGCUGCAACAGAACCCCAAGGAGGCAACAACACUCUAGGAAUUGAAAAGGCCAUGAAACGCAUAUACCCUAACUCCAUACUCAGAAAGCUAAGAACAAUCAAGACCCGCCGUGUACCGUUUUACUCCAUAACGUAAAAAAAAAAAAAGGUAUAUAAAUAUACCGUUUCCAGAAA